AAGGAAAUUAUUAUAAAUCUAUGAUUAGUUGGCCUUUCAUAACAGAAAAGCACAUGCAUAUGCACUAUAUAGGCUGAACAGCUGAACUUGUAAGCUAGAAACCUCUUAAUUGCAUCCCCCACUCAUGCUUCUCUUUCCAUUUUAUAGUCUCAUUUUGAAUCCAUUAUUGUUAUUACUUUUAUUUCCUUUGCUUUCACGUGAAACAGAAAUGUGCAGGCUUCGUUUUAGACCCUUCAUCCUCUAUUAUUGCUCUUGGCAUUGAACGUUUUAGUUAGCACUCUAUUAAUGAUCUUUUUUUCUUGCAUGUCAUAGUUAUUUAGUUACUACGAUGAGUUUUGCCUAUUCUGCUCCUUGAAACUACAUAUUUUCCUGAGUAAAAUUUCCUGCCUUUGAUACUUAGAAUGGCUAUAAGGUUUUUAUCAUGCAAGUGCCCCUAUGUUCUAUGUUUUGUGUUCCUCGUUUUGUCUUUUCUUUGUAAGGGCCAAGACUCUUCAUUUUCAUCAAUGAAGAACAAAGAGAAGGAAGUUAUCUACUCCGUUAUUCAAGGGUUAGUUGGAAAGUGGUGGAACGGUUCAUAUCUUUAUCCAGAUCCUUGUGGACGGACUCCUAUACAGGGAGUUUCCUGUGAGCAAUAUGAUGAUGGCUUCUGGUAUGUGACAACUGUAAACUUUGGACCAGUUUUUGACAACUCUCUCAAUUGCAACCAUGAAGCUCAAUUCCCUCAACAACUAUUCAACCUCAAGCACCUAAAAGUCCUCUCACUGUCCACUUGCUUCCUUUCUCCUACCAAAAAUCCUGUUAAACUCCCUCUUUCAAACUGGGAAAAGUUCUCACACAGUUUGGAAUCUUUAACACUUAGAUCAAACCCUGGUCUUGUUGGCACCAUUCCAUCAGCAAUUGGCAGCCUCAAGAAGCUUCAAUCUCUUGUACUUCUAGAAAAUGGACUAACAGGUGAACUACCACUAAGUAUUGGAAAUUUGGUCAAGUUGAGGCAACUAGUCCUUCAAGGAAACAAUUUGGAAGGUCAGGUUCCAGCCAACUAUGGAUGGCUUUCUGAGCUUUUAAUAUUUGAUGCAAGCAGGAACAAUCUAUCAGGGGUUUUGCCAUCAACACUUGGACUCUUGGAUUCACUUCUAAAGCUUGAUUUGAGUAACAACAUGCUUGAGGGAGAGUUGCCAAGGGAGCUAGGAAGGCUAAAGAAUCUUACUUUACUUGAUAUAAGUCAUAGCAAACUUAGAGGUGGGUUGGUUAGGACAAUCAAAGAGCUUGUUUCCUUAAAGCAUUUGGUUUUGUCCAACAACCCUAUAGGGGGUGAUCUCUUGGGGGUUAAGUGGGAAAAUUUCCAAAACAUAGAAGCAUUGGACCUUUCCAACAUAGGUUUAGAAGGGAGUGUCCCAGAAUCCAUGGCAAAAAUGAAAAGGCUUAGGUUUCUGGACCUCAGCAACAACAACCUUUGUGGAACUCUCUCUAGAAGUUUGGAAAAACUGCCAUGUCUUACAGCUCUUCAUGUAAAUGGAAACAACUUGACAGGGAGACUUGAGUUCUCAGACAGGUUUUACAUGAAAUUGGGAAUGCGUUUUGCAGCUUGGAAUAAUGCAAAUCUCUGUUGCAAUAUUGCCAAACCCCAGAACGAAAUGCCUUAUGGAGUAAAACCUUGUGCGCAGAACAUUACUAUAUCUGAAGGGGUUUCAAAUGUUAAGAUGAGUGAGGGGAAUUACGAGGAUUCCUUUGCCUCUUUGGGAGGUUCAGGCUUUUAUUAUGGACUUUGGUGGGUUUUCACUGUAAAUGGGGUUCUCAAUGUUCUCCUGUGGAAUAUGUUAUUUUAGUUCAUCUCAGAGAAAUCUGAAAGCACCACAUGUAUUUACCCUAGAGAGAAGUAGCCACAAUUAACACUUUUGUCAUCUAUUGAUAAACUAAUUUAUGACUUCUAAAUUC